UUGGUGGCAUCCAUUUUUGAAAGAUAUGUGUAGAUAUCAUGUAAAUACUUGUCCUGAAUGCACAAUGUACAACACACGACCAACCGUCAGACCACACCCUGGACGUUUCCCUCUUGAAACGAAGACAGGGAAAGAAAUUAUCAUAGACUACACAGAUAUGAUAAAUUCAGUUAGGGGAUACAGGUAUUUGUUGGUAUGUGUGGAUGCAUACUCAGGUUGGCCAGAAGUUCUCCCAGCGAAAAAGGAGGACAGCAAUACAGUGGUAAAGUUCCUGAUAAAUCAGUACAUCCCAAGACAUGGUUUUCCUGAAAAAAUCAGAUCUGACAAUGGGACUCACUUCAAAAACCAUGAUCUGCAAAAGGUGGAAGAGAUGCUUGGACUUAAACACAAGUUUGGUUCGGUCUAUCACCCCCAGUCUCAAGGGAAGGUUGAGAGAAUGAACCAAACUCUUAAAAACAAGCUGGCAAAAAUAUGUGCACAGACCAAGAUGAAUUGGCUGGAUGCGCUGCCACUGGCGCUCAUGUCAGUACGCAGCUCUGUAAACCAGAGCACGAAAUUUACUCCAUUUGAACUAACUGCUGGGAGAAUGUUUCCAGGUCCUCAAUCCAAACUCGUUGGAUUGACACAGGAUGAUCAAUCUCUAACCCACAGACAGUAUUUUCAUGCUCUGCAGAAUCUUGUUUCAGAGUACGCAAAGCAGGUUGGAGAAAGGACCAAAGGAGAGACAGCGGCUCCACCGGACACUGAGUGGGUGCUAUUAAAGGUGAUCAAAAGAAAGUGGACGGAGCCAAGGUGGACGGGUCCGUACCAGGUAAAGGAACGAACCUCACAUGCUGUUCGGCUGAACGGCAAAGGAGACACGUGGUUCCACUGGAGCCAGUGCGCGGCAUCAGACGCUCCCGCUAGGACGCUGGAACAGACACGCACUGAGCUGCGUGAACAACAUCAGAAAACAAAGACCACCGAACAAGAAGGGGCAGAAUAAUCCCCGGGUGGCAUCAGGGUGAGGUAGUCUAACCAAUAGCCCUGUGGGAGGAGGUGAAAAAGCGCUCCUCUCCAACACGUGGUGUGCCAAACCACCAACCAGGAUCGUCGUGGAGUCAAGAAGAUGAGGAAACUUACUCUCUUCAUCCUCAGCUGGGCUGUGGUGACUAUGACCUUUCUUUGGGCUCUUAUACACCUGUACACCACUGGUUCAACCAAGCUGUGAGACCUCUAGUGUUUAUAUACCCUAGACGAGAACCAUUGAAAUUAUAGUGAUUUCUAUACUCUUGUGUUAUAUUCUUAAAAGCCAUUGCUAAAAGAGUUGUGUGACUGAGAAUAUUGUGAAACAUAGAAGGUCUAAAAGCUGUCUCUGGGGUAACCCCGCCAUAGACUAUAUUGUAGUAACAGCUCGUCACUUGAAAGGUUUUGUUUGCUAAAAUGUUGUAUGAGACUGAUCACUCCAUGUUCAGGGUUUAGUGUCAUGUCCUAAUAAGUGUCUUACACUGAGAUAAUUAUGUUUUUACUAUCACAUGCUUUAUAGAAACGAGAAGCGCAGUGUGCCCAUUGCCUUACAUUGUGUUCGCAUUCAUGAAGAAUUCAUUUUCUUUAUCUCGGGUAGAGGGCUAAACUCUUUAUAGAUUCCAGGUGAAUUUUGAGUUUUCCACAUUCUACCCCCGUAGACAGUCUGUGUUACCCAAAUCACAGGGUUUCCUGAACGGCCCUAUCAAGGGGUCUACGUUUUACUGUAUCCUUGUGAUUAAGGGAAUGUGAAGUUUGAUGCUUACACUCAGGGUUUUCUUAUAUGUGCUAAAAUUCAUUGUCUUGAGAUUAUGCUUUUUGAUGUACACUCUGUAUUAGUGAUCUCUGUGCAGAGAUCAAAAGGGGGAUUGGUGAAUGUAUCUCUCACAUAUCUCAGGAGUACAGUGUGUACCAGAAAGAACGGGGAAUGUGAUUAACUGUGUGACCUUUAAGAAAUGUGCUUUCUCAUGCAUAACAAGAAACACUGUUGUUACUUUGCUUAAAUUACAAGAAACAUUGUUGUUACUUUGAUUAACUUACUUUUGUUGACGUAUAAUAUUAGCCCCUGACACAUGUGACACAAAGCCGCCCAGCAACACACGUCAGCUGCCGUUUGAAUCAAUCAAACUAAGACAUGCCUUACUUGUAAGGAGGAGCUAUACUCCUUGACUUAAGGUAAGACACUAACAACCUCAGGCUAGAUCGUUCUCAGCUGUUCCUGGUACCACUGUUAUGUGUACUGUACGAUCUCCGCUCUCUGCAGAUUGCGCAAAUAAAUACUUCUACUUGAUUCAA